CACUCGCAGCGGCUGAGGUGCUCCGGCGUCAGUGUGAUCGCUCGCGCCGUCCGCGCCACACGCCAGAGCCUCUCCGCCGCGCACGAUGCUCGCCCUGGUGCUUCUCGCCGUCGUUGCCGCCGCGGCCGCACAAAACGACACUACGCCGCCGCGGCCACCGGCGCCGCGCCACGAACAAUUCCGCGUCAUAUACGAAUGGAACGCAAUAGAUUUCGAAUGGGCCUCCCCGGAAGACCGCGAGGCCUACCUCAAUACGAGCCGAUACAUACCCCAAAACGUCUUAAUAUCUGGAAUAAACUUCUACGGCGAAAACUUAUUUUUGACGAUGCCGAGGAUGCUGGACGGAGUGCCGGCGACCCUCGCCACGAUACCGGUGCACCAGAGCAAUACCGCGCCCAAGCUUCAACCGUUCCCCAGCUGGAGCGACAACGCUGUCGGCAACUGCUCAGCUUUGCAGUUCGUACAGAAUGUAGAAAUUGAUAAGAACGGAAUAAUGUGGAUCCUAGACAAUGGCCGCGUUGGCACUCUCACGCAGAACCCUGACCCGAAGUGUCCGCCGUCUAUCGUUCUCAUAGACCUCAAGUCCGGCACUAAUGUGAUGGAACGCAUACCGUUCCCAGCUAACACCCUUAAUUCGAACACCACUUACCUGAACGAUCUCGUCGUAGAUAACAGAGAUGGCGACUACGCUUACAUCACGGACAACAGUGCCGUGGAUCCCGGUAUAAUCGUAUUCCGUCGUAGUGACAAGAAAUCGUGGAAACUACGUGAUAUGAAGUCGAUGACGUCCGUCCCGGAUGCGACAGUUUUCCGCGUUAACGGCACCACGGUCAAUCUUCCUGUGAACAUCGACGGCAUUGCUCUUGGACCACAAUAUUUGACCGAAGAUGAGCAAGUUGACAGGAAAGUUUAUUAUUGUCCCCUCUCCAGUUACCAUUUGUAUGCAAUAAACGCCUCGGUUUUACGUAACGAAUCUUUAGCUCAACAAGGAGAGGGAGCUUUGAGACCAUACGUCGUCGAUCUCGGUACAAAAGCGUCGCAGACCGAUGGAAUGAAAAUGGACUCAAACGGCACGCUCUACUUCGGUCUGAUAGGCAACUCGAUAAUCGCCGAAUGGAAUUCAUCCGUGGACUUCCACGUCGGGCAGCGAACUAUUGCGCGGGAUCCCAACUACAUUCAAUGGGUGGAUCGGUUCACUUUUGACGAUCAAGGCAACACAUACGUUGUCAUAAAUAGACUGUACAACUUCGUUAAAAAUCAAGUAUCGGUAAACGAAGUUAACUACAGAAUCCUCAAGUCACACACAGGUUCGAAGAGCUACGUGUUCGGCGAGGAUGUGACGCCGCCGUCGACGCCGCAGCAAGGCGCCGCGGCCGCUCCCACCGUCGGCAUGUCGCUGGUGCUGCUCGCGCUCGCUCACCUGCUCGCUUAGUCUCGAGACUACUCGGUCGUGGUCCUCCCUCAGCCCUGACCCUGAAACCAGUGUUCGUUUAGCGACGCUCGGACUGAUGCGUAACAUUACCAAAAAUUAUAAGUUACCUUGACCUGAUGGUCGCUCCAGUGAUAAAGCGCGUGUAGAUAGGAGUUUGUAUAUUAUAUUGACAUAGAACAUAGUUAGACAUAGAAUUACUUAAAGCGAUUAUGGGCCGACCUUUCCGUGUGGUAGUCACGAUGCGUCGAAGACGACUCAAGUCGGGUGUGUACCCAACGAAAGGUCGGGGUCGUGUUGCCAAAUGCCGCGAGUUAGCUCAACAGUAAACAUUCCAUGUAUACCCAUAAGACGAAGGUGCAUCUCCGCACGAUAUUUAUUUAUAUAACUUUGUAACUUUAAAUAUUAACGAUAAAUUGUAAUGUAAUAAACGUACCCUUUCCUUGACGUCACUUCGUUUGAAAACGUACAGAGACGUGAGUGGUUUAUUCAAAAUAUUUCAUUUGUGUUAACUACACAUUAGAUGCUAAGCUGUAUAAUAUACAUACAUAUUGUAACUAUAAUAUCGUAUGUUUGUUGUGUGGACGGAAUUGAGUGUGUGUCUUGAAUAAACGUGUUUAUCAUAUUA